UGUCACCAUGGGAAAAUAGUUCAGCCUUGGCCCUGAUUGGUAGAGACAGCCUUCAAACUAGAUGUAUCAUAAAAAACGUAUUUUCUAUAAAGUUGAGAACGUCGAGAUGCUACAGCAAUAACUGCUAACUGUGAAAGUGAGGGCUGUCCUCCCUACUCUAAUGUCAACCUGGUGUUACUUUGACGAGGUUGAGUGGGAGGAGAUAUGCAGAUGGUGCCAGUGGGGCCCUAUUAGUGGUGUCUGUAGUCCACCAAACCCACAGUGGAGUCCUGUCAGUCUAACAGAGUCCACCACACCCACAGCCAGCAUCAGGCUCAACAUUCACAGGGUGGAAUUCUGCUUUCUAACAAAGUUUGCACUGCAGAGACUGAAAUCUUUUUUAUGUCAAUUUUUUUGCCUUUUUCUGAGUUUCUGCAUGUUGAUUUAUCUUUUUUUGUCAGAAGCCUGGCAAUUCAAUAAUUUCCAUAUCAAGUGGAUGGAGUGGAAUAUUAAGCUUAUUGCUUGCCCUUGAAUGGAAGAAUACUUUUUUUCUUCAGUGAGAUUAGCUUGAAGACUCCUUUCACUGAGCUUUUGAUAUAACACGUGGAUAUUCAAGGAUGCAUCCUGUGAUGGUUGUGAGUCCUUUUGUCUUCCUGACUCUAUUUUUGUCAAUUGUCGAAACCAAGUUCUACAGACCAUUCCAGUUUAACCAAUAUAAAGCUGGGCACAGUCAACACCAUGACCAAGGGAAACCCACCAGCAGACACAAGAACCACUGUGCUUAUGUCACUGAAAAGACAGUUUCCUUCACUGUGCAGGAUGGGGCAGCCCCCUAUGUAAAGGCUGAGUACAACAAGUGUUCCUGGGGUCAAAAAUGUCCAACUCUAAUGUAUCGCCUGAUGUACAAACCAUUGUACAAGGUGGCACAUAAAACCGUCACAGAGCUGGAGUGGCGUUGUUGCCCAGGGUACUCUGGUUAUGGCUGUAUGGAGGGUCCUCCAGUAUACCAACACCCCAUGAAAAUGAUGCCACCAUUCAAGGGUCCACCAAUGAAAGGCCCACAGUUUAAGGGGCCACAGUACAAAGGUCCCAUGUUCAAGGCUCCCAUGUUUAAGGGCCCACCUAUUAACAGUGUUGUGAAAGUCAACCCAUGGAGUCAACCCAAAGGACCGCCCACUAGCAGUUUUAACUCUUACCCAAUGCGUCACUUUGGGCCUCCGAGUUCCUCCUCCUACCCAGACUCCUCCUUCGAGCCCUAUCCGCCUGAGCCAGAGCCAAUGCCAGAGCCAAUGCCAGACCACCAGGAGCCACAUCACACAGAGCAUGACCAAGAACAUGAGCAUGAACAUGAGCAUAGCCAAGGACCUGAGGAACAUGUACCAGAGGAAAUCCCUCCUCCUUCCACUGGUGGUGAACAGCAUGAGGGUGAGACCACAGGCCAGGCUCUAAACAGUGAAACGGAGGACCGAAUAUAUCGAAUGGAGGAGGAUGUGCGACGUCUAAACCAGGGUCUGGAGAGCCUGAGGGGAACUGUGAAUGGACUGGAGGAUAGUCUACGAGCCUCUCUGAGAGAGGAUGCCAACAGGAUGCUGUCAGCUCUGCUCUCUGCUGCCCCUGGUCCUGUUCCUGCUCCAGCUGUAGCCUCUAGUCCAUCCAGUGUAGGGUUUGGAGAGAUUCCUGGGGGACAUCCUGAGACAGAGGGUUUAGAUGGCACACACGUGCUUCCAGGUCUUACAGAACUGAAUGGAAGGGUAGAGGAGCUCAGGACAGAGCUGCAAGCCAAGACAGUAGAGCUGCAGGAACUCAAAGCAACAGUGAUGGGACAUGAUGGAGAACUGAAGAAGAUGUCAAAUAGAGCUGGAGUGGAAUCAGACUCCACUGACAAUCUCGGGGGAAAUGCCCAGAGAGCUACAGAGAAGCUGAUGGAUGCCAGGCUGAAUGCAGCCAGGAUAGAAAUUCUUGGUGGGCUUGAGAAGCAUGCUGAGACCGCAGAAGGCCGAUGCGAGGAGAAAGCUGGAGAUGUGCAUCGUCAGUGCCAGAGGGAGCAAGGUGAGAGGCAAGAGCAGAUGGAAGAUGCUCUGGUUGAAAGUACCACAGACUUGAGAACAGAGCUGAGAAACCUCCAGGCACAGAUCCAUGGUUUAAAGGCUACAGAAAACUGCUGUGGCAGGGUGAGUGGACUGGUUGAAAGGGUGCAGCUGCUGGAAACAUCAGUGGCAGGCCUCAACCAGUCCCAGGGGCACCUGAGAGUGGAGCUGGGUGGACACAAGGACCACAUCGAGGGAAUGCUGGAGGGACGUCUGGGGUAUGUUGAGGCCAAGCUCAACCUGACAGGGCAGAUUAAAAGCGAUGCCUUCGGAAAGAAGAUUGGUGUCACAGACAGAGCUGAGACAGGACAGGACCUGGAGGCCAGAAUGGAAGGUAAGCUGAGGGUUCUGGAGGGCCGUUUACUGAUGGCUUUGGAAGAGCUGGGCAAUGCCACUGCCCCGGCACUGUUGGAGGGUCAUGCUGUUCCUACUCUGGAGACAGAACUGGAGUCCCUCCGGGGAAGACUAGAGGUGGAUGUGGACAGAGUGAAGAAACACCUGAGCAGCCUUGAGAUUCUCUGCUCUUCUUCCUGUUCCUCAACUCAAAACCCAUCUGCCAUCCAGGGAGACUCUGCUGCACCAAAUACUAACCUGGCAGAGGAGCAGAAUGUGAAGGAGGUAUUGGACAUACAAAUUGACCGUUUGAAUACCCUAAAUGUUACACUGCAGAAUAUCCUGAGGCAUCUGACCCUCAGGGACCAGCAGGAACAAGCAGAAGGAGAUACUCCCAUCCAGGGAGAGCUCACAAUCCUCAAGUUUAAUGUCCGCUCAGUCAACCGCACCCUGAGAGGCCUCCAGGAUUCCCUUGGAACAGUCGUCCACCACGUGGAUAAAGCCAACAGCUCCUGGCAUGAGAGAGAGGUUCGUCUAGCCAAGCAGAUAAAGGGUGUGGUCCAGCUAGUUGGACAUCAGGCUUCCAUGCUUGGGGCAGGUGAGCGCAGACUCACCCGACUUAAAAGUGAGCUGCAUGAGAUGAAGAGGCGGCUAGCAGAGGAGGUCCGGGGCUGCCGAAGUACUGCCAUGGGGGUCCAGAAAGAGGUAACUGAGGUUGGUGGACGUGUUGCCAGUGUGGAGGAUCAGUGCAAGGGCCUGAAUUACUUGGCAGAGGAUCUGGAGAGUAUCAGGGAGGAGCUAGAGAGACAAUCGAAUGGGCUUCUCAUGCAAGUAAAUGGGACUCUCUCCAGCCAUGCUCAGCAGUUGUUUGAGCUGAGAGGCGAACUCAGAAACUGCACCUCCAAGGUGGACCCAACACAACAAAGUUUAGAGCCGGAGGCAGAGCCAAAACGAGGGGACACCUUCAUUUUGAAUUAGUUCAGUUUAUAUGGACAAUUUUGAAUGAAAAAUCUUAUCAUUUGAAUUGCAAAAUACAAAGGUUUUGAACCUGCACUGAACUAUGUAUGGUUUUAGUUAGCUUACAGUAUGCAAUUAAAAAUGGCAGCUAAUUCCAACUGAACUCAUGACACAGACAUGUGAAAUUGUAUCAUGAAGGUGCUAAGAUGAACUGUUUCUUUCAAUGGACCAUUAUUUAGAGCCACAGUGAUUAAGGAAAACAACAGCAAAAUGCACCUGUCUUACUUUACUGUUUUCCUAAAAAUUCUCAUAGGAACAGAUGUUUAACAAUGUUUACAUGUUUACAUUUUUAUAUUGAUUUUUCUUAUGUCUAGACUAGAAGUAUCAAAGAUAUGUUUUUUUUAUGGUUUCACUUCUUGAGCAUUUGCUUUUAUACUAAAUGUAAUCCUGCAUAAAAUGUUACCAUUUCAAGCUACAAACAGUUUCUUUUGAAGGUUUUUCCGUAAUGAUAAUCCAAUA